CAAUAUCAUUCCAAUAAUUGUAAUCACGUUAAAAAAAAAUUGUUAUGAAACCUAGAGUCAGUCAACGAAAUUAAACAACAAUGUGUACCAAAACGUUUAAUCAACAAAGUUGACCUGGGCAAUGUGCCAGCUCCGAUCCAUACUGCAAGCGCUAGCUCCAAUGAGCUUAAUUAAUAUCCCGGGCAGUUAAUAAAAGAAGACCUUGUUUCUUUCUUAAUUUGCAUCAGUUUUUGGCUAUGUCUUCUUCUUCUUCUCCCCGUAUCUUUCUCAAAAAAUACGAUGUGUUUAUUAGCUUUAGGGGUGAGGACACGAGAGAUAACUUCACCCGCGAUCUGUAUUCUUCUCUGAGAAAGGAGAAUAUCAUAGCCUACAUAGAUAACCAGCUUGAAAGAGGAGAUGAUAUUUGGCCAGCACUUGUAAAAGCAAUCAAGGACUCCAUGAUAGCUGUUGUGGUGUUCUCAGAAAGAUACGCAACCUCAAGGUGGUGUUUGCAAGAACUUGUCCAAAUCAUGGAGUGUAGAAGACUAGGGGGUCUGGUUGUUAUACCAGUGUUUUGCAAAACAAAUCCAACAGACGUAAGGAAGCAGACAGGGAGUUACCAGAAUCCAUUUGAAGACCAUUAUCGAGCCGCUGCCAACGGUGGAAGAGACGACCAAAACAAAGUGGAUGGUUGGAAAGCUGCUCUCACCCAAGCAGCCAAUAUAUCUGGAUGGGGACGAUUCUCAAGUCAUAGAGAACAUUGUUAAGAGUAUUUGGGGAAAGCUGCGCUCGAUGCAAUAUGAUUAUGAAGAAGGCCUAGUUGGAGUUGAGGAACAAUGUGGAGCAAUUGAAGGUUUAUCUGGAAAAAUUGGAAGACUUGGACUUUGGGGCAUGGGGGGAAUAGGUAAGACCACCAUUGCUAAAGCCUUGUUUGCCAACCACUCCCCCAAAUAUGACAGCGCGUGCUUCUUGCAAAAUAUAAGAGAAGAAUCACAAAUGCACGGACUAACACAUAUCCAUGAUCAACUUCUCUCUGAGCUGCUAAAAGAACAAGUUACAACAUCCAACUUUUCAGAAUCCUCGCUCAAUAGUAGAAAAGUUCUGAUUGUGCUUGAUGAUGUGGAUAGUUCUGAGCAAAUAGAGUCUUUGUGGGUUGGACUCGGUGAGUUGGGAGAAGGCAGCAGUCUCAUUGUAACAACAAGAGAUAAACACUUGCUUCAUGGAACAGUUGAUGAGAUACAUGAGCUCAAGCCUUGGAACUUUGAAAAAUCGCUUGUGCUCUUCUGCUUAGGAGCCUUCAAGAAAAGCGAGCCUGACAACGCUUUUGAGGACCUCUCAAAGAGGGCAGUUGAAUGUGCAGCAGGCCUUCCAUUUGUUUUAAGAUUUUUGGGUUCACAUUUUUAUUCCAAAAAUAUUGAAUUCUGGAAAACUGAUUUGAUAUACUUCAGGAGCAAAUUCUUCAAGGAAAUUCUAGACGUGUUGAAAGUGAGCUAUUAUGGAUUAUCAAGGCAAGAGCAGGCAAUAUUUCUGGACAUUGCUUUCUUUUUCAAAGACCGGAAUCAAGAUUCUGUCAUAAGUAUACUAGAUGCCUCUGGUUUCAAUGCUGCUAGUGGAAUAGAAAAACUUAAAGAUAAAGCUCUUAUAACUAUAUCAAAGAGAAAUACUAUACAAAUGAUUGACCUUCUACAAGACAUGGCUUUUGAUAUAGUUCGACAUGAUGCAACAGACCCUAGAAGAGGCAGCAUAUUGAGGGAUAGUGAAGAAGUUCGUGCUGUACUUGUAAAUGGCAAGGAAACUCCAGAUGUUGUUGAAGGAGCACUGUUAAAUUUGUCUGAGAAUGCGAUAGAUUCUUAUCAAAUAUGUCAAUUUGAUGCUGGCAUAUUCAAUCUGCCUAAAUUAAGAAUUAUUAGAUUUUAUAGCCCCCUAUAUAUAUCGGCUUCACGCUAUUAUUCUUUCAGACCCGAUCUCAACAAUGAGGGAGGUUCUGCUGAAUUGAAGUAUUUUGAGUGGACUGAAUACCCUUCCAAAUCUCUUCCAACAAAUUUUUGUGUCAGGUUUCUCGUUGAGAUUCGCAUGCAGUACAGUAAGGUUGAAGAACUUUGGGAUGGGACGCAGGAGCUUGUGAAUUUAGAGACAAUUGACAUGUGUGGAAGCAAAUACCUGCAGAGACUCCCUGAUUUGUCUAAAGCGUUAAAACUCAAAUGGGUUUAUCUCUCUGGAUGUAAACGUUUGCGGUACAUUCAUUCGUCGCUUUUAUCAGUGGACACACUAGUUACUUUGGCAUUGGAUAGGUGUUAUAAUCUGGAGAGUGUUAUAUGUGAUAAGCAUUUAAGCUAUUUGGAGAACCUCAAUCUCUAUUACUGCUGCAGACUCAAGAAAUUUUCAGUGUCGUCUGAUUCAUUUAAAAGGUUGAAUUUAAGCUGCACAGGAAUCAAAAAGCUGUAUACAUCAAUCAGUCGUCUAAGCAAGCUUGAGUGGCUCAAUCUAUCUGAUUGUUAUCAGUUGUCUGAACUCCCCGACGACAUCGGUGCCUUGUCAUCAUUGCGUGCAUUAAGCCUCGAUGAAUGCAUUGUGGAGAAGUUGCCUACAAGCAUCAAGCUUCUUGAAAAGCUUGAGAUUCUCUCCUUAAAGAAUUGUAAGAAGCUUCGGUCUCUACCUGAGCUUCCGUUGUUAAUCAAGGAGCUUAACACCGACGGCUGUACCUUAUUAGUGACAAUAUCAGCUUUAAAGACUUUUUCAGUGAAGAUGAAAGGAAUGAAGAAACACAUAUCAUUCCUGAAUGCAAAGGGACUGAUGAAUGAAUCUUUACUCCUCCAGAUUAUGGAAGAUGUUGUGUUUGCAAUGAAGAGGGCUGAGUUGUGCAAUAUAUUUGUAAGAAGCAGUGUUACCGCUUGCUUCUCAGGAAGCAGUGUCCCCUCAUUGCCAGGGUCGUCGUUCGUAUAUCGAAGCACAGGGUCCUCAAUUACCAUUGAACCUCCUCCUCAUGACGAUGGAAGGUUGUCCCACAACUGUCUAGGCACCAUUUAUUCUGUGGUUCUUUCUCCAUCCCGGUGGGCUAGUGAGUCGGUUGAAAUCCAAUGCCGAUUCUACGGGAAAGAUGGGGAAUACAUUAAUACUACAUCAUAUGGCAAAGAAAUCAGGAAUAAUAGACUUUGGGAUAAUGUUUUUCUAUGGCAAAGUUCGAGUUUCAAAGGUGCACAAGUUUUUGAGUUCGUUGUUACAAUUGAUAGCGGGGCAACCAUUGAUGAUGACUACAGCAAAAUAAAAGAGUGUGGGAUUGACUUGAUGUUUUGCUCGGAUUCUGAGCUUCAGAGUCUCACAAGGGAAGCAGAAUUGGAACCGGAGAUCAAGGGAGUGGCGCUGGACUUGCGGGAAAAUAAUUGGAAACCGGAGGGUGCUUACUACUCAAGUGAUAGUCCUACUAUUAUACAAAAGUUUUUUCGCAACGGGAAUUGUUGUUGGUGAAUUUGAGAAGUCAUUGGCAAAACUAUCUUCCACAACAAAAAAAAGUUGUUGCAUGUUGCUACAAAAAGCCCUGUUGCGAAAAGUUUUGCCACGACAUUUGUUGUAGCUACCAUUGUUGAGUUUUUUUGCAACAACUCUUGUCGCUAUUAAUCUAAAUACUUUGUCGCUGUUAUAAAUUAUUUUUGGUAA